UUUGUUUAGUUUAGAAAAAUGAGUACAGCAUACAUAAUGAUGCCAUUUCUGUGGGGAUUCUGUUGCUUGUUUGUGAGUUAGUGCAUAAAAUAAAGGGAAAAAAAUGCAGUUGUAUAACUGUGAUGGAUAAAAUUUUAUUUCCAAGUGAUGGACAGCUUGGUUAAAGCAUCCAGUCAGAUAUUUUCCAAGACUUUCCUUUGUUCCUGUCUCUCUCAGAGCUCCAAUGGGAUGGAACUCUUAGAUCUCCUGUUUGAGCAGGCCGAUGAGAUCUCGGCUCCUGAAGAGCCUGAGGGUGGCCGUGUUAACCCAGCCUGGCCAUUCCCGGAUCAAAGUUUGCUGUCCCACAGUGAUGAUGGAGCUGAUCAUUUCCUGGACUCCUUGCUGAAUGCAUGUGAGAGUGUAUCAGGCUCUAGCUCACCUCUGUGGGUCCCGUCACCCAGCGACAGUGGCAUCAGUGACGAUCCCCUCUCAGACCAUUUGGACAGUCCUCCUCCUCCCACCAACCUGCUCUUUGACUCCUUCUUCAUCUCUCAGCACCACCAUCCUCUUCCUGUUUUUCCUCCUCCUCAGUCCCAACAACAACAGCACUUGGGAUGGGCCUCGAGCUCAGCAGAACGAGAUAUUUCCAUUGAUGUGGGUAAGAAACCCUGGUUCAAUAAACCAUUUAAAGUAGUAAAAGAGCAGGGCAAACUGCUCUCCAUUUAUGAACUAAGAGUGUGUGUGUGUGUGUGUGUGUGUGUGUGUGUGUGUGUGUGUGUGUGUGUCUAUACAGAGGCCUGGGAGUCCAGUCUGUCCUUGUGCAGUUCAAUGGUUCCUCACUGUGUGCCAGCGGCAGAUCCGAGCCCUGAUGCCUCUUCAGUUGUCCAGCUCAGCGUGAAGGAUCUGCUCCUCUCUAAUUUAGGAGAACCUCCCAAGCAACCCUCUCAGAACUUGCUGCAGGAACUCGUUCUUAAUGAUGAUGAGAAGAAACUUUUAGCCAAGGAAGGAGUGUCUCUACCCAACCAGUUUCCCCUCACCAAGUGUGAAGAGAAGAUCCUGAAAAAGAUUCGCAGAAAGAUUCGCAACAAGCAGUCUGCACAGGAGAGCAGAAAGAAGAAGAAAGUGUACCUUGAUGGCCUAGAAGGGAGAAUGGCUGUUUGCAGUGCCCAGAAUAUGGAGUUGCAGAAGAAAGUGAUUCAGCUGGAGAAAACCAACAUGUCUCUAAUGGAUCAGUUACGUAGGCUGCAAGCCCUGUUCAUGAACAGCUCUAAUAAACCUGCUCAGACUGGCACGUGUAUCCUGGUGCUACUGCUGUCUUUCUCUCUCAUCCUGUUCCCCAGAUUCCAACCACUGUCCCACAGCAGGACCGCUGAUCCAGCAGACUUUAGCACAGCCAAAGUUCAGUCACGCUCACUGCGCUCUGUGGUAGAGGUCCAUAGUCUGCAGCCAGGCUCCUCCAUGGACAGGAACAUGGAGAGAGCCACCAACAUCAUUUCCAAGAUGCACAUCAGGCCUGAAUAUGCCGAUAUGGACCCUCUACACCACAACCGAAGUUAUGGAGAUCAGGAGCAUCACAAUGGUGACCCGAUCACCGGGCACAUGGCCAUGCUGGGUUGGUAUAAUUCACGGCCAUGUAAACAGAAAGACAGGAAAUGAUGUCAUACAUCAACUGAAUGGACCAUCCGUUUGCACAAGUAUGGCAAAAAUUUUUGACGUUUUAUGUGUUGCUGAUAAAGUGUUGCUGUCCUUGUUUUCGCAGAACCCGGCUGGUUCAGAUGAAAGCAGCAUCAUGCUCAUUAACCGAGAGUUAUCAGUGCUUAGAUAGUCUCAUCAUACUUACAACACUGACAUCUGACUUGUAUUGAUACGAGUAAACAAGAAAAAAUGAAAUUACAAUAGUAGUUUCCACAAAUCAAGUUCAGAUUUUGCUCACAGUGUGGUUUGGUCAGUAAUAACUGUGGCAACAUUGUUGUAUUGUUUUGCUUGGUCUUUCUUUACCUGGGUUAUUUCUGCCUGAAUCAGUUAAUUGUCCAACAGAAGUUCUGGCCCACAUUGGCUCGAUGUCAAAACUGUGUCGCUCCGUGUAAGAUCUUUAAGAUAACCAGCACAGAUGGAGUCAUGAAUACAGCAGUGCUCAGAGAACAAGGAUUAGGGAAAAAGCUUCAGCACAGUAAAUAAUCGAGAGCUUGUAUCAUGACUGAAUAAACAAGGAGUUAGAUCUUCCUUACAGAAAUGCUGAAUUUCAAAGCAAAUCAACAAAAUGAAGAAAAGAAAACCCCCCACAACAAGUCAGUAGAAAACAAGAGAAACAGAAACGCAACCACAAAAACAAAUCUGUAGACACAACAGAAAACAAAAGAAACUCCCAUAAGAAUAGUGAAACUAUAAAAGGUAGGUACAUGUUAUACACAAACAAGAAACUAUAGACUAUAUUAGUUUAUAGACUAUAACUAUAGAGGAACUAUAGAGGAACUAUAACUAUAGUGUAUAGUUUAUAUAACUAUAGAGGAACUA